UUAUUUUACAUUGGCCAUUAAUUUAACUGACAGCUCCUGCUGUUGAUGGUGUUGGUGAUUUCGAAUUUUUUGUUCCGGUGUUUUUAUUUUAGUUAUUUGUGUAGUUCUUUUAUAACUGUUAUGUUAUGCUUAUUAAUUUUUGCCACCCCGCACUAAAGCCGAAAGUGAGCUGCAGCUGCCUGAGCAAUGAGGAGCACGACGUCACGAACCUGGUGUCCAGCGACGCCCGGGAGCGCGCGAGAGGGUUCCUGGCCUACGUGGUGGUCAGGCCGCCGGUGCGCGUGGAGCUGCAGUUCGCGUGCCACAUCAACGUGGGCCGCGUGGCGCUGUGGCCGCAGGUCGGCAGCCAGAAGUCCACGGGGCUGGAGAUCUUCUCCCAGCACGAUGAGGGCGGUGCCGAGGAGAGGCUGGGCUCGGUGGAGCUGCAGAGCGGCGAGCAGGGGGUGGUGUUCCACCAGGCCGGCUCGCUUGGGGUGUCCGCCCCUCUCGGGUUCGUCCGGAGGGCGUUCGGCGCGAGGCCGGCGCAGCUGCGGAGGGUGAAGGGCCUCGUGGUGCGGAUAUUCAGGACCCGGAGCUCCGUGCCCGCGCUGGGCCGCGUGGAGGUGUGGGGCUGGAUCCACGACGGCACUCCUCCCCUCGCCAGGUCCUCGCUGCUGAGGCGGUGGGCCUCCAGGGACCCCGUGCCGGGCCCCGCUACAAGCUGCGGACCCCCCUCGCGGGAGCGGCCACCCCAGACCGCCGCCCCUGUGCCCGAGGACUUCCUGGACUGCGUGACCUGCGAGGUGAUGGCCCUGCCCAUGAUCCUGCCGUGCGGCAAGGCGGUCGACAAGUCCACGCUGGAGCGGCACGCGCUGUGCGAGGCGGCGUGGGGCCGGCCCCCGGGGGACCCGUUCACGGGGAUUCCCUUCACGAAGGACGCGCACCCGGUGCCGGCCGCCGCGCUCAAGGCCAGGAUCGACCGGUUCCUGGUGGAGCACGCGGACGAGGCGGAGGUGCGGAGAGCUCCGCGCACCGUGGGGCAGGCGCGGGGCGGCGCGGCGCCCCGCUCGGAGGAGCCGCGCGCGGGCAAGAGGGGCGCGGCCGAAGGGGGGGAAGCCCCCGGGAAGAGGCCGAGGGCCGGCCGCCCCGAGGACGACGACGACGAAGCACGGCUGGACAGCGCCCUGAAGGCGGCCCUCAGCGGUCUGCCGUCCUUCGUGGGUCGCGCGGCGCCGGAGAGUCCGGCCGCCCCCGGUUGUGGCGCCUGCGCCGGCGGCACGGAGCUGUUCACGCUCCCGUGCCGCCACCUGCUGUGCAGGGCGUGCCUGGCGCGGCGCUCCGCCACGGGGGACCUGGCGUGCCGGGCCUGCGGCCGUGCCUUCGCCCGCGGCGACCCCUGCAGGCACCACACGUGACGAACCAUCUCGUCUGUUGGCACCCGUGACCCGAGUGUAGCCUCUCUCGUGACGAACCAUCUCGUCUGUUGGCACCCGUGACCCGAGUGUAACCUCUC